UUUAACGUAAUAUUCUUCGAGUUUAUUAUACAAUUGUAUAGAAAAGUUGUAAAACAUGACAUUUAAAGAUAAAUUUGGGAAAACAAAGAAUGUAUUGAAAAAUGCAAAGGAAAGAGUUGUGGAUCAGUUCGAUAAAGUUAAACGACAGAAAUUCUUCCAUGAAUUCAAUGCAACCAAAGGAGAAGUAGUUGUCACUCAAGAGUGUCGAAAAGUGUUGGCAAAGUUUCUAUACUUUUUAGUCACUAUUUUGUGGUUUCUCGGAAUCGGCGAAAUAAUUUGGGCUAUAAUUAUGUACUUCAUUAUGAAUGACUUCUCCGACUUUAUGUCAAAUACGACAGUGUCUUCAGUGAUCACUUAUAUGAUCAUUACUUGUGUUGUUAUCAUUAUCUACAAUACAAUCUUCAUUUAUAUUAUCGAAUGCUAUCAAAGUGCUCAGGAAGAAGAUAAUAUUGCAACCCUUAAGAUAUCGCAUGUAUGGCUAAAAGUCAUAUAUUAUGCGAGCUAUUCAUUGGUUGUCAUAUUAAUUACAUUAAUGAUUUGGUUGUCACACUAUUUUCAUCAUUUUAGCAACGAUUUAAAAAUAUCAUUUGAAUCUCAUAGUAAUCAAUAUUUGAAAAACGAAAAAUUCAAAGUAGCCAUCGAUACUAUUCAGUGGACAUACAUGUGCUGCGGUUACAAUAGUUAUGAAGAUUGGCAUAAAAAGUCAACAUUUCAUCUUAACAGUCCAAACAAAGAAUGGCUUAAAAAACAGUUUAAUUCAAUUGACAACAAACUGUUGAACAAAACAGUGCCAUUCAGUUGCUGUCAACGCCAGUACUCAUCGUUGUGUCGAUUCUAUGCCACCGAAGACACAGUCAGUAUCAAUACAGUUGGUUGUGUGGAUCAGGUGAACAAAUCACUCAAACCAUACAUGCAAUACAUUCAACGAUACCGAUUGUUGGAGUUAGUCAUGCUUUUUGUAAAUAUGAUAUUAAUUGAUUUGAUUAUACAAUCACUUCAUUCCCAAUAUGACGCCCAUGUAUUGCCACCGACAGCCCGAUUCCCGACAUUACAUGUCAUCGCUAUGUUUCUAAUUUUACUUCUAUUAUAUUUAACUACAUUUACAACUCUUUAA